AUGGAAUCCCCUUCUUCUUCUUUGUGUAACCUUGAAUAUGAAGUUACUUCAUCCUCCUUCUCUAAUCUUAUUGACUGCCCAGUUUUGGGAUACUCCCUUUGGGACCGUCAUUUGUUCAUGCUAGAUAGUUGUUUCGAGGUAACCCCCGCAACGGAGCGGUUUAACGAUUCCCUCUCUCCAAUUUCUCCAACAGACACUGAACAGAGUCAUAAUGGGAUCCAAGGUUGCAGUGAUGACACUAGUGUGGAGAGUUCUGAGGUAGGUGAAGUGACAAUUGUGGAGGAUAAUUCAAGCAAGAAGGAAGGUAGAGGAAGGCGUCCUGUUCCAUCAACGUUAAGUAGGGAGGUUAUUUCCAGCUAUUUCCACAUGCCAGUUUGUCAAGCUACGGAGGAGUUAGGGAUAGGGGAAACGACGCUCAAGGAAAAGUGUAGGAAAGUGGGAAUCCCUCGGUGGCCCCAUCGAAAAUUGAAGAGCUUGGAAGCCCUAAUGAAAAAUGUGCAGGAUUUUGAAGAAAAUCCGAAGGAUGCUUUGACAAGGGCGACUAUAGGGGUUUUGAAAAAUAGGCAUAAGCUACUGUCUGACAUGCCGGGUUCAAACUUAGAUCCCGAGACCCUGUGUUUGAGGAAUGCCUACUUCAAGUUAAAUUACUUGAAGAGAAAGCUUAGAAGAGCGAUGGUAUCCUCAUCUCCUUCUGUAAGCUCCCCUUGGACUCCCAUUUCUACCGCAUGUAUUGGUACGGAGGGCGACGAGGAGGAUAUGGAUAUCCCCCUGAAAGAACUUUUGAGAAGGUCGAAGGCGAGCCCCCCCUCCUUCGUGAAUGUUGUGACCCCGGUGAUGAUUGAAGGUGUACCCCCCAAUGGAUAA